GAAUACAGUGUUUCUCCGAGGCUCCUGCCACGGUUUGUUACCGACAAAAUACGUUACACUUUCAACUGGCUAUGAAAAUAGAUAAUUCUCUUAACUUUAGUUAAUUGUGUAGCGAAAUAAUCACUUAAACGUGUUGUUACUUUAGAAACAGUAAGGUUACGGUGUCUUGCGGCUCCGUCUCGUCGGUUUUCACUCCGGGAGAGAAGAAGCUUCUUCAUUUUGUUGUGACCAUUGUAACGCUGUUUACUUUCGGUAUUUUGGGGAAAGUACUGGCCUUAAACUAUUCAUUGAUGGUCUGCAGUAGAACCUGAGGUAGCGGGCCUAACCGUAGCCCAACAUCAUGACCGAGAGUUUCAGCAACAUCGAGGAUGAGGCAUUCCCCAGUUUCCUGUCUAGCUCUGUGGGCAGCAGCCGUGCCACCCUGGGGAACAUCACCCUGGCCUCCACCCUGGGGCUGCCCGUAGCUGCCUCCACCGUGGCUAAAAUUAGAGCUGGGGCCGACAACAGAGUAAAUGCUGUCCAGGCGUCAUAUCUGGAGGACGGACCGCUCUCUCUGGCUAACUCUCAGUCCAACAACAAGGAACAGGGACAAUUCGCCCUCAGCUUCAAAGAUGAGCUAGAUGAUGCAGAUGACUUCAUAGCAGCCCACCGGUUCUCAGACAUGUUGGUGAAGGUGAAUCUGGACGAGACAGAGCCCAGGACUAGAGCCUCCUCCCUCGGCCCCAACACCCAGACCGGACCUCUCCAUGGAAGACACUCUGAGCAUGGAGACGAUCUCUCUACGGGCCGGCUGGCCUUCACCAACCUGGUUAAUAGGGACUUUAUGGAUCUAAAGGUCCGAUCCCUCCCAGGCACCGUGGACGACCAGAGUCUGGCCAGUGACGGAGCCGACAGCGACCGCUUCAGUGGGAGUGUCUCCAGCUUCCUGGCCAAUGAGAAGCUCAUGUCUGUGGACAGCAUGAACAGUGAUGUCACAGAUGACGAUGUCGACGUGAACGACCUGCAGGAUGAAGAUCUGGACUUGUACUUAAACCAGCUGGUGAACCCUGCCAUGCAGAGAGGACGGGUGGAGGGACAGGAGAUACCUGAUGCUGACCGGCCAGACAACCAAGACUAUUCAUCUCAGCCUGGUUCUACAGAACCACAGAAGAACAGAUACCAGUUCCUGGAUGACUAUGAUCAGGGUUUCCGGAUGCCUGACGUGCGGCUGGCCGCUACAGGGAUGGACUCGUGUCCCGGCAGUGAUGAAGAGGACACUGAGGAUGAGCUGGAGGCAGCUAGGAAACACACUUCUACCAGACACAGACUCCUGCUGUCCAGCACCUCCCGACAGCUGGUGGGGGAGAGCUACCGUCCCAGCUUCAGACCUGGGCUGGAGGGAGGCAGCUCUGACGAAGACGUUUACUCUGGUCGUAACCCUCUUCCUGGGUUAGAACACAGAUACUCUGCGGAGGGCCAAGUCAUCAACACUGUAACAGGAGGAGGAGGAGAUGGGAGCAGUGGGAGUGAGGAGGGAGGGAACGAUGGCGUGUCCACUCUACCCUCCUCCUCCUCCUCGGCCCAGACCACCUACGAUGUGCUGCGGGGGCUGGGGAUCCUGGGAGCCAGCGUGCCGGGAGAGAAUGCCCAGGACCCUCACUCUCUACUGAGGCUGAGCCGGGGCAGCCUGAUGGGGGACCGUGUGGGGCCGGUGGGGACUGGAGAGACCAGCGCUGGGCCCCAGAGGAUGUCCCCUGUCAACUGGAGCAUGGCCUUAGACCGACAGGAGGCGCUGGAUGCCAUGGACAGUACAGAGUCUACGGUGGCAGGGGAGGGUCAGGGUGUCUUGGAUUCUAUAUAUCUGAGGGCUGGUGCUGGACACUGGAGACCCCAGGACAUGACCUCUCACCUCCAGACCACACAGAACAGCUUCCACCUCUCUCAGGUGCUUCCUUCGCUUAGUGAUGAGGAGGAAGAAGAGGGGAGGGGGAGGCCUGCUGCCCUGGGGCCAAGAGGAGGUCCAUGUGGGGACUCCUCUGCACCUCCUGGUCCUCCUGGCCUGUCAGACAUGAGUCAGGGUGAGAAGGAUCUCCUCUACAUCUCUCUGGAAGCGAAGUACCUCUCUCAGAGCUUCCAACAGGAGGACUCCUCUGACAGCGACUGGAACCACUGUCCUGAUAACCUGGACUUCCAACCGGCAUCUCACAGUGUGGUCUACCAGAACGAGGAGGGGAAAUGGGUGACUGAUCUGGCUUACUACUCGUCCUUUGAGAAGGAGGUGGAUGGACACCAGCUGCCGGAGGUAGCAGACCAGUUCCAGGCUGAGGACUUCGUUCCAGGCAGUAACGCCAUAGAGAAGAUCAUAGAAGACCAGAAGGAGUUUGAGAAGGAGAACCAGUUCAUGCAAGAGGAGGUGAUGGAGCCUGCCUCCACCAGUCCAGGUCUCCUAUCUGACACGUCCUGGAGACUCCCAGCCAGCAGCCACAUCCUGAUGAGGGCCAGCCAGGUGUCCCAGGAGCUGGACAGAGGGAACCAGAGCUACCUGCGUCUGUCUCUAGGGACCUUCUUCCAGCAGCGCUCUGAGGCCCUGGGCUGUCUAGGGAACGACCGGGAGGACGAUACAGUCAAACGGCCGUCGUUUGGUUACGUCAUCACCUCUCCAGAGAAGAGGGAACCGUUUCCUCUGAUUCAACCAUCAGACUUCCUGUCUCAGGACAGCUCGGUCCACAACGACACCCUCACACACACUGACCACGACCGCACCAUGAACACAGAGGACUUGGACAAGACUGUGGAGGCAGAUCCAGACAGGGUGUCACCUACAGGAGAUGGCGAGCCAGAGCCUUGUGAAUCAGCCUCUUCCCCCCUCUCUGAGGCCCUGCUCUCCCCCAGCCAGACCCUUCCCUCAGCCUCCCCCCUCCCUGAGGCCCUGCUCUCCCCCAGCCAGACCCUUCCCUCAGCCUCCCCCCUCCCUGAGGCCCUGCUCUCCCCCAACCAGACCCUUCCCUCAGCCUCCCCCGUCAGCCUGGGCCCCAGCCCCGACACAGACCAGUCUAACCUCAUGUUGUCUAUCAGCACCAUUGCCUCGGCCAUCGCAGAUGCCUCCAUCUCCUCCGAGCCCUCCCAGCUGGCUGCCAUGAUCAUGGAGCUGUCAAAGAGGAGUAGGGUACAGAGGCAACACCAGAAAGGUGUGCCGAGUCCACCGCCAGCCUCUGUCCUGGAAGAGCCAACACCCAGCCCUAACCGGGUUCAACUGGAGCAGCCCAGCCCUAACCAGGUUCAACUGGAGCAGCCCAGCCCUAACCAGGUUCAACUGGACCAGAGAAUCCUGCUGGAGACUCUACAGAGGAGCCAGUGUGCCGGGGACCUACUGGAGACUCUUCAGAGGAGCCAGUGUGCCGGGGACCUACUGGAGACUCUACAGAGGAGCCAGUGUGCCGGGGACCUACUGGAGACUCUUCAGAGGAGCCAGUGUGCCGGGGACCUACUGGAGACUCUACAGAGGAGCCAGUGUGCCGGGGACCUGAGUGCCUUCGACAUUGAAAAGUACCUGAAGCAGACCGAGGUAUCCACCAGCAGCGACAGCGACCAGUCAGGCUCCUCCCACUACACUUUUGACUUCCUCGGCUGGGCCGACAGCCUCAACUCCUCCCACAGGAAGUCCCAGGCUGCAUCACUUGUUGUUACUGUGGAGAACGAGAGCUCGUGUUAUCAACACCAGGCUAGCGAAUACCAGGCUAGCACCAAGGGAGAUAUCUCCUCUGGCGUAGAGGCUAAGGCAGGUUUGACACAAGGUUACCCUGCUGCUAUGACCCAUCCAGUCUCUGCUGGGCUACAUCCAGGUUCUGGUCAGAGUGGAGUAGGCCCAGCUAACAAGAUGGAGGCGAGGAGGAGUUCCAUCCCCCGUCCCAGGGCCAGUUCCAUCCCUACAGCCUCUGGUAAACCAGGGAGGAGGUCUGUGGGCUCUGGUCAGUUCUCCUCAACCACCAUCUCCCCAGCCAAACCAGCUGCUAACAGGAAGCAUGUAGGGAAUAACAGUGAGCCCCAGCCAGCUGGUGUACUGAGCAGGAGCAACACGGAGAGUGGUGGGCCUGAACUAGGAGCAGUCCGUCCAUCACCCAACAACACCCCAGCCCAGAAGGUAGAGGACCCCUCCUCAUCUCCUGCCCCAGGCCUUAAGACCUCCCCUGGUCUGAGGAAGGGUCUGUCAGGGCCGCUGUCCCUCAGAGACAUCACAUCCCCCUCCCAGAGAACCAGGAGGAGCACAGUGAAGACCCACGCUACAGGGAGCAGUACAACCCAGCAGGAGAAACCCAGUGGCCUGGAGAAGAGUGUUGGAGGAGCUCCUCCCAACGCUGUGGCCAAACAUGUUGGUUUCACUUCCUCGUGUCACAACCCCCAGCCUGCUGCUCACAGGACGGACGAUGUGUCUCCAGGUACUCCUGUGCAUCAUGCCGGAGGACCAGAGCAGAGCCAGUGCACCUUCAGACCCUCCACCUCUCCUCUCACCCACUCCUCCCCCUCACAGACCUCCUUCCCCAGCCAAGAAGGGACUGUGUCGCCCCCCUCCCCCAGUGUAGGGGACAGGAGACGUCCCGGUGAUCUCACUCCUCCCCAGUCUGAGUGGAGCUGUUCCAGUCCCAGCCUCAGCAGACUGACAUACAUCUCUCUGAAUGACAGCACGGCUCUCAACACGACCGGCGUCCCAACUCCUGACAGACACCAGAGCCAUGGCACCAUGUCUCUGAGCACCACUAUCAUCAGGGCCAGUCCCACCCCGCCAGUAGAAGGGGCUGAUACCCAGAGUCCUACAGGUCAGGAGCUACCUCCUCACCGCUCUACAGACGUCCUCUGUCCUCCUAGACAGUCCAAGAGCCCAGAGUCUCCUCACCACUCGAACGGUCCUCGGAGUGGUUCAGGUCUGGGCUUUACACGCAGCCAGAGUGAGUGUAACUAUCACUGUGGGAACAAUAGAGACUACAACCAGCAGAAACGCCACUCCGAACCCAACUCGCACCUUCUCACCAAGUUGGAUUCUGGCUACUCCAGCAACCUGAACAUCCAGCAGCCCAGCGGUAUGGGGGGCCAGGGGAACCAGCAGUGGUCUGGGGUCUCAGCCCAGGGGAGUGAGGUCUAUCCUGGGGCCAGGACGGGCUUCGGCCUACCUUCCUCCGAGGACUUGUGCUACAUGCCCAUCUCCAGCUUCAAGCCCCAGGGCUCCAUGGUGGACCUGCCUCCAGGGGUCCCUAGCCUCCUGACGGGGCGCUCCCUCUUCAGCUCCCAGCUGGCACAGCAGAACCUGGGCUCGGAUGGAGCUCUUCACCCUGGUCUCCCUUUGCCUGCUCCUUACCACCACAUGGCAGCAGCAGGGAACGGCCUGUAUGGUCACGCUAUGUCCUCACGGUUAGGACCCAUCGUUGACCCCUCAGUCAGACACCUCCACAGCUCUGGGGGUCUGGGUGUCUCUGGGCCAGGUGGACCAGGAGGUCCCAGGGGUCUGUACCACUGCUCUAACCCCCACCUCAAACCCUUGGACCCAGGACUGAUGGAGGGGAACCCCUACAACCAGCACUGUGUAGCCUCGUGGUCUGACGGCAGCCUUCCUGAACCCACAGCCCAGGUCGUGAUCCCUGAGGAGCUGAGGUUCCCCCAUGCCUGCUGUGUGGGCAUCUCCUCUCAGACCUCACUGGGCAUCUUCAACCCCUCCGAGCGCUGGCAGCAGGUCUCCAUCACCGUCACCAGUCUGGCCAUCAACGGAGAGAAGGUCGAGUCAUUCCCGUACCAGUGGCUGAUCGUGAAGAACAAGACCAUCAUUGGCCCUAAGAGCACGGAGGAGCAGAAGGUGUUGUUCAUCCCACCUCAGGCCGGGGUGUACCAAGCUGUCCUCAGUGUCUCCUCCUGGCCUGCCUCCGCUGAGGCCCAGGCUGUCGCCCGCGCCGAGGUGUUCGCCAAGAGGGUGGUCCUCGUCGCCAUGGCAGAGGACCCUGCUCUGGAGGUGGAUGUGGGGAAGUGUGGCAGUCUGGAUUUCGGAGACCUGGCAGGUGGCAGUGCCAAAGCUCUCCCUCUGAAGCUGCUGAACAGGACUCAGGCCACCGUACCUAUUAGACUGGUUAUCAGUGCUAACGCCACGGCCUGGCGCUGCUUCACCUUCUCCAAGAGCCCCGUUGCCAUGACAGUUGAGGGCCUGCUGCAGGCGGGAACUCUGACAUCACUAGCUGCUCCGUCCGUCAUGAACCACGUGAUGCACGCCAGCUACGGAGAGAAUCCAGAGAACUUCAUGGUUUGGGUCCACUUCCACGCUCCACAGAAGUACCAGUCCUGUUCAGGUGGUCUAGGUCCAGCGGAUGAGUACAGUGCGCGGGUGGACAUCGAGGUGGACUGUCCAGGCCCCAGUCAUGUGAUCAGGAGCGUCCCUCUCAGAGCCAGGUCUGGAACAGCCAGAGUACACGCCCCUAAAGACCUGCAGAAUGUUAGCCUCUCGGCAGUGUUGGGUCAAUCCAGCACGCAGACUCUGCCUCUGAAGAACGCAGGGAACAUUGAUGUUCAGCUGAAACUCAAGAACAGCGGUGGUGAUGGCUGUUUCUCUGUGAGUCCUGUUGACCUGUGUCUGCGUGCCGGGGAGGAGCAAGGCAUUGUGGUCUCGUUCACCUCUCAGGGCGGCAGGAAGAACCGAGAGAGUGUUCUGACCAUCCUGGUGCUGCCGUCUGGUCCUCAGUAUGAGGUGGUUCUGAAGGGACAGGUGGUACCAGAGGAGGGGGUGAACCCUGCUGCCCCUGGUCCUGUCUCUGCCCUGGGCAUGCUGCCCCACAGUGAGGUGCCCCCUAUCCUCUCCAACAAGCAGUUUGUGGCCUGGGGAGGGGUCACGCUGGGCAGGGCUGUACAACAGAAGCUGGUUCUUCGUAAUAACUCCCCCAACACAACACAUCACCUGCGUCUGCUGAUCCGAGGACAAGACCACAGCUGUUUCCAGCUCCAGAGUAGUUUUGGACAGGAGGAGAGGUUGACCCGACACAGAGAGCUGUCCAUCCGGCCCAGGGAGGAUGUUGUUGUCCACCUGCUGUUUGCCCCAACCCGGCUGGCCUGCACCCUGUCCAAGCUGGAGAUCAAACAGUCUGGAGUACGGCCCUCACAGCCUGGCAUCAAGUUCACUGUGAGACCCUCUCUACCCUAACCAUCCUGGUUUACU